UGACAGCGACUGGCCGGGGGACCACCGAUUCGCUGCUGGAGGAAUAUAGGAGGGGGAACAUGGAUCUAAAACGAGAGAGCAAUCUCAGCAGUAGAUGGGGGCUGCUUUAAACCACAUCUACCGCUACCAUAGCGGCGGGAUUUCGUUAAAGUCAGGAACCUUUGAUCCAAUCGACCGACCGCAUAAAACAGACCUCAUUGUUUCUGCAAAUUGGCCAGGUCUCCCGCAAACCAAGUGCCUCCGAAUAGCACUAUGGGCAGUAAGACCAUCCCGGCGCCAGUGCCUAUCCAUCCAUCGCUGCAGCUGGCCAACUAUGCUUUCCUGCAAGCUUCCAACGGCAUGCCGAGCCCUUCCGAGCAGCUGCACAACCUGUAUGGGUUCAGCACCCUGCACACCGUCCAUCUCCACCAGUGGACACUGGGUUACCCUCCAAUGCCACUACCCCGUUCCUCUUUCUCCAAAGUGCCUGCCGUUUCCGCUCUGGUGGACACGCGAUUCCAAUUGCCCGCAAUCCCGAUCUUCCCGCACGUGUUCCAGCCGAAACAGGAAUCCAGCAGCUUCCCCAACAAGACCAGACCCAGGUUUGACUUCGCGAAUUUGGCCAUCGCGGCCACCCAGGAGGAUCAGCCCAGUCUGGGUCAGUUGGAUGGACAGUGCUCUCCCUCGGUCAUUGGCUCCCUGCUGGAUGCCACCAAGUUAUCCCCGGAGAGGAAGCCCACCAGGGGCAGGCUGCCGGCCAAAACCAAAAAAGAAUUUGUCUGUAAAUUCUGCGGGAGGCACUUUACUAAAUCUUACAAUCUUCUCAUACACGAAAGGACCCAUACGGACGAACGACCCUACACGUGUGACAUUUGUCACAAGGCAUUUAGGAGGCAGGAUCAUCUCCGUGACCACAGGUACAUUCACUCCAAAGAGAAACCAUUCAAAUGUCAAGAAUGCGGUAAAGGAUUUUGCCAGUCCAGAACGUUAGCUGUUCACAAAACACUGCAUGUGCAGGUAAAAGAGCUGAAAACCUCUAAAAUAAAGUGCUGAGCAUAGUUAUCUGCAAACAUGUCUCAGAGAGGAACACUGAGGAAAUGCGGACAGACCUGUCAAAUUCGGACACAGCAUGGACUAUAUCCAAUCUGCUGCUGUUCUUUUCUGUUACUUGUAUUCCAAUACAGAUUAUCUGCGGCAUUCUGCUAUGGGAAGACCUGUUUCUAAAGUCUGAGCACACAAAAAAAAUCGUUUUGUUUCGUUAGAUGCCCCUUGAAUCGAAGGCGCUUGAACUGUGUGUCCCACCUCCGGCAGGAACUUGGGAGUUGGAAGGUGAUGAUGUGUCUUCUGUGUUUAACAGGGAUCUCCGCACAAAUGCUCGGCGUGUGGCAAAGUGUUUAAUCAGAGAAGCAACUUGAGAACUCAUCUCCUCACUCACACUGACAUAAAGCCUUACCACUGCCGUCAGUGUGCCAAGCUGUUCCGCAGGAACUGCGAUCUGAGGCGUCACAGACUCACUCACCUUCUCAGAACCAAGCCCGGAUUACCAAGGGCUGCAGUAUGUGCAGACAGACCUGAGUGGAGUUACCAGGCCUGGUCACCCCCGAGUUUAGAAUUGUAGGAUGGAGUAGUGACCUAAUCUCAGCCAGGAACCAAAGAAGGCGACACUAUUGGAGACGCUGUGAUGUUUGAAUGUACAAGGAACGCCUGACUGAGAGAGAGAGAGGAUUGAGGGACAGUGUGUCAUCUGGGAAUAGGAAACCACGGUUAAUGUGACGGUAGGAUACAAAGCGGAGACUCAAAACUUCAGGCCCUUGUGAUGAAAAUCUAACACCACCCAAAACACAAUUAGUGCAGCAACGUACUGUGGCUGGGUGGAAAACUGCAAUCCAAGGCUGCAGUAGCUUUGAACUGCAUUGUGUGAAUGACUGCAGUCAGCUGAGCUCAGUGUUAAAACCGUGGGCACACCUUCGUUAGAAAACAAAACAGAAACGAAAUCAGAACAAAGGAACACUCAACCAUACAAUGUAAGGACAGUCGAAGCGACAUUCCAAUCGGCGGGAUUUUUUUUAACACAAAUUGUUCUUUGUAAAUUUUUUUGGCACUUUACGCUGUUUAUUUUUUACUAUUUUCAUGUAUCACUGGAUUUCUAAUCUUUUGAAACGAAUAAAUUGCCAUUUUAAGGCA